UACUUUGUAAAUGUGAAGAACUUUGCAUGUUCUCAACUCUUUCACUUCCUCUUUCUUUCUCCGUUCGGCUAAUUCUCGAGCUCUGAAGAAUGCUGCUUCAUUUGACUUGUUCAUUUUAUGAUGAGGUAUUUUCUUGUUACAAAAAGUAUUCUUGGAAGAGUUUUAAUCAAAGCUGGGUUUGAAGCAGCAAGUGGAGGUAAAAUGUAAACAAGAAGAUAAAUACAGUAGUUCGUCUUCAAGGCUCAUCUUAUGGUUGUAAACCUCAGAUUCACCACAUCGUUUCAUCGCUGAAAAAAUGGUUUUCCUGCUGCUGUCAGUCAGAACGGCUCCUCCUCUUCCUCUGAUCUUCAUGCUGUUCAUGAUUUCGGGGGUUUCUAGUGUUGAUUGGGGUGUGAGUUACAGUCCUACACACAUCUGUGCACUAAAGGACUCAACAGUGACAAUGAGAUGCACUUAUACAUACCCCCCUACUGGAUAUAAGAUCAAGAAAGUGUUCUGGACAAAAGGCCCUUUGAUACCGGGUGUUGAGCCUCCAGAUCUGUCUAAUGACACUGAAUACAGUCAGAGGCUUCAGUAUCUGGGAGAUAAACAGCAGAACUGCACCGUCAGACUGAGUCAUGUGACACUGGAGGAUUCACACAUGUACUAUUUCAGAUUUGUCACUAAUAUAACAGGAGGAAAAUGGACUGGUGAAUCUGGAGUGACUCUUACUGUCACAGAUCUUCAGGUGGAGUCUCCUGAGAGAGUGACAGAGGGAGAUUCAGUCAGUCUGACAUGUAAAAGCAGCUGCGCUCUGACUGACAGAGCAACAUUCAUCUGGUACAGAAACUCACUGAAGAUAUUAAAUGAAAGUAAAUUCAGGAACACACUCAUCCUCAAUCCAGUCAGAAGAGAGGAUUCAGGCAGAUAUAGCUGUGCUGUAGACGGACACAAACCCGUGUCUCUUGAUGUUCACCUCAAUGUCAUGUACCCACCAAAGAACGUCUCAGUGUCCAUCAGUCCAUCUGGUGUAAUAGUGGAGGGAGAUUCAGUGACUCUGAACUGCAUCAGUGACUCAAACCCUCCUGCUCUGAACUUCAGCUGGUUUAAAGGAGGAACGAUUGUAGGAUCUGGAAGAAUCUUCAGCAUCUCAAAGAUCAGAUCUGAUGACAGUGGAGAAUACAAGUGCAAGUCCAUCAAUGAACAUGGAGAGAAAUACUCUGAUACUGUGACUUUAAACGUCAUGUAUCCUCCCAGGAGCGUCUCAGUGUCCAUCAGUCCAUCUGGUGUAAUAGUGGAGGGAGAUUCAGUGACUCUGAACUGCAUCAGUGACUCAAACCCUCCUGCAGAAAUCUACUGGUUUAAAGGAGGAACGAUUGUAGGAUCUGGAAGAAUCUUCAUCAUCUCAAAGAUCAGAUCUGAUGACAGUGGAGAAUACAAGUGCAAGUCCAUCAAUGAACAUGGAGAGAAAUACUCUGAUAAUGUGACUUUAAACAUCAUGUAUCCUCCCAGGAGCGUCUCAGUGUCCAUCAGUCCAUCUGGUGUAAUAGUGGAGGGAGAUUCAGUGACUCUGAAGUGCAUCAGUGACUCAAACCCUCCUGCAGGAAUCCGCUGGUUUAAAGGAGGAAUGAUUGUAGGAUCUGGAAGAAUCUUCAGCAUCUCAAAGAUCAGAUCUGAUGACAGUGGAGAAUACAAGUGCAAGUCCUUCAAUGAACAUGGAGAGAAAUACUCUGAUACUGUGACUUUAAACGUCAUGUAUCCUCCCAGGAACGUCUCAGUGUCCAUCAUUCAGUCCGGUCAGAUCUGGGCAGGAGAUUCAGUGACUCUGAAGUGCAUCAGUGACUCAAACCCUCCUGCUGUGAACUUCAGCUGGUUUAAGGAGAAUGAAAGCUCAGCUGUUGGAUCUGGACAGAGUUUCAGUGCACUACAGAGUGGACGCUUCUACUGUCAGGCUCACAAUCAACAUGGAUCUCAGAGAUCAGACGCUGUAACUGUCACUGUUAAAGGGGGUUUUUCAGGAAUGCCUUACAUAGUUAUUGCGAUCGCAGCCGGAUGUGCUGUUUUAUUUCUUGUCUGCAUCAUCAUGUUCAAGAGGAAGAGAAAAUGUGGUGGAGUGACGGACGUCAAACAAAAUCAGGUCAGAACAGAUCAGAGAAACACUGAAUCCACAGAUUCUGACAAGAUCAAGUAUGCAACUAUCCAACACAUCGGGAACAAUGAAGCCAAUUAUGAGAAUCUGAGAACGCUCCAUCAUGACCCUGCUGUCAGAUGCGGUGCUGUGAAAGAUAAUUUGGUGAUUUACAGCUCAAUCAAAUGAUCCAGGAUCCGUCAAAUGGAUUGAAAAUGAAGCUGUCAAUCAUUUACUGCAGCUUUUAUUCAAAUGUUAUAAUAGUGAUUUAAAUGCGUGUAACAUCAGGAGCAUUACACUCCUUUACUUCUCCUUCGCUGUUAGCCGUCUGUAGGAAGUUCUGGUCAGAUGUACCAAUAUUACCACAGACUAACGGCAAAAAAAAAAAAAAAAAAAAAAGUCCAUGUUGGUUAUUCACAUCAUCAUCUAUUCUUUGUAAGACUGCGGUUUGUCGCGUCGGUGUGGGAAGUUACAGAAUCUAUGCACUGAAAUUAAACGCUUGUCGAAACUUUUCUGUAAAUAGCAUGUUUUGUAACAUUUCCAAAGUUUUGUAAUCUUGUGUAUUAGUCACUCUUCGAUGAGCAUAAGACAUAUUUGUGUCUGUAACUUCCCUCUCUUUAUAAAGGUACAAUGUUUUCAUAGAACAUAUUGCUUUGACACACAUACACAUGCAUGUUUUUGUGUAUCUGUAUAUUUUAACAUUUAAAUAA